ACAACCCCCCAACAAGUCAUCGGACCUGUCAAUCAGCCGUUCGGCGCCCUUUGAUGUCGGGACUCCACCGCUUGUCUUGGGCUCAAAUGAGCUGUUUGCUGUUGUAGUGAAACAUUACAGUUCUGGCCGGGGAGCGCCACAUCGCAACUUUUCUGUGUGGUGGGGGGUUCUCUACUUUGGAGCUGCCCCAAACUGAGGAUAUUUAGCUGAGAAGUCACUUUUUAUUUCAACUUUUUUUUGUUUUAUUUAAAAAAAAAACUUUUAUUUCCUUUUUAAAGAAAAGUGUUAGGAGGGACGUAGACAUGCCUCAGCUCAGCAGCGGCGGAGGAGACGACCUGGGAGCGAAUGAUGAGAUGAUAUCCUUCAAAGACGAAGGAGAACAAGAGGAGAAAAUCCAAGAAAACGCGUUUACAGAGAGAGACCUGGCCGACCUGAAGUCCUCUCUGGUGAACGAGUCGGAAAUAAAUCAGAGUCCUUCGGCGGCGGGCAGACGGGGACAGCAGGGCGAGCAGAGGGUCUUCACGGACAAACACCGAGAGCAUCACGACGGAGUGUCAAAGCAGCAAGAUGGAGGCAUGUACAAGUCGCCGGCGUAUCCGGGGUACCCGUUCCUGAUGCUGCCAGACCCUUACCUCCCGAACAGCUCCGUGUCUCCAUCUUCCAACAAAGUCUCGGUGGUGCAGCAGUCUCACGGGAUGCACCCGCUGACGUCCCUGCUGCCUUACAGCAAUGAUCACUUCAGCCCAAGUCCUCCACACCUGCCCACAGAUAUGAGUCAAAAGACGGGCGUUCACAGGCAGUCCCAGGAUAUUUCAGGCUAUUAUUCUCUUCCUCCAGGCGGCGUCAGCCAAAUCACUCCAUCCAUGAGCUGGCAGAGCCAGCCCGUCUACCCUGCCCUGUCCCCCUGUGGAUUCAGGCAGCCCUACUCCUCCAGCUUCCCCAGCGCCUCGUCCUACUCCAGGUUUCCACACUCCCUGAUGCUCGGACCGUCAGGCGUGCAUCCUACAGGGAUCCCCCACCCGGCGAUAGUGCCCCCUACAGGCAAACAGGAGCAUGAACAUUACGACAGGAGCAUGUACAUGAAGCCCCAAGUGGAGGUCAAGCGGGAGAAGGAGCCCAAGAAACCGGUCAUCAAGAAACCCCUGAACGCCUUCAUGCUCUACAUGAAGGAAAUGAGGGCAAAGGUCAUUGCCGAGUGCACAUUAAAGGAGAGCGCUGCCAUCAAUCAGAUUUUGGGCCGAAGGUGGCACGCCCUGACCCGAGAGGAACAGGCCAAGUACUACGAGCUGGCCAGGAAAGAAAGACAGCUGCACAUGCAGCUCUACCCAACCUGGUCCGCUAGAGACAACUACGAGGCGGGCCUUAGCGGGGUCGCAGGGGAAAAGAAUAAAGCUGAUUGGGGCAAGAAGAAAAGAAGAAAAAGGGAGAAGCAGCAGGACUCCAACACAGACCCGGGCUCGCCUAAGAAAUGCCGGGCUCGCUUCGGCCUCAACCAACAAACGGACUGGUGCGGUCCUUGCAGGAGGAAAAAGAAGUGCAUUCGCUACCUUCAAGGAGGAGGCUGCCCCAGUCCAUCUUCUUCAGAUCUAAGUGCUAUAGACUCUCCUCCCUCCCCUUCUCCCGCACGCCACCAUCUCUUCCAGCGCCCCCCUUCUCCUGGCUGUUCGCCGCUGCCCACCUCCCCAUCAACACACCUCCCAUCGUCUCCGCACACGCACUCACACACACGCUUCCACCCGGAGCAACCCGCUGGCAAACGAGCGGCAGACUUCCGUCAGCCCGUGGUCAAACUCCCCCACACACACCUGGAACUGUCCAGCAAGCAGAUGCACUGCUCUACAGCACUGUCCGCCGCCAAGGUGGCAGGACUGUCCCUCAAAGUGCUAACAGAGACUCACUGAUUGAUCUGUUACGAUCGCCCAGCUGGAUUUCUACACCAUUAUCAUCCGUUCACAACAUUCCUGCUUUUAAUCCCAGUUGUUCCACCGUAGGAGAUCUGCAGGUUCCAGCUCCACCACACCGUCACUGUAAAUGAAUAAUUUUUAAUGAUCUGCUGUUCUUUGGCUCAACAGUUGCUGCUUACUUCAUGACAAUCAGCUGUUUUGCAAACACAAAAUGAUUAAAAACUGACACGAAUCUCUCUUACGUCUCGGCCGUGAUGCAUCACUAAUGCUAACCAAACCACUAAAUCAUGCGAGAACAACAACAUCCCAGCAGAACCGCAGAUUUUUAGAGAAAUUUGUUUUUAUUUUUGCUGCCAAUGUCACAAAAAGUUCAAUUAAGAGAAUAAACCACUUGUUUUCAGGCACUUUUAGGAUUUUAAUCUCCAGCUUCAACCUUUUUUUUUUUGUUGUUUUGUUUUUCCUAUUUUUGUCGAUGACUUGUGAAAUUUUUAGUCGGAUGUUUGUUUCUCCUUUGACCAUUCCACACAUUCUGCAAACUCAUCUGAGACCAAAUGGGUACUAUAAUAUUAUGUGUUGUAAAGUUUUAUAUUAUAAAUAAAAUUUUGUAUGUUUUUUAUGAAAAAAAUGGUAAAUUACUUUAAAAAGUUUUUUUUUCUAAAAAUGUGUUUUUUUGUUUUUGUUUUUUUGGAGUCAAGUGUUACUGCAGCAGCAUUCAAACUAUAUCUGUGCAUGCCUAAACUUUGUUACAUUUCUGAGGGUUUUAUAUAAAAGGCUUUAAUUUACUGUCUGCUUGCAGCUUCCCAACUGUGGAUAAAAUGUAUGCUGAGUUGUUGUCUUCCUCCAGCAGAGGGUGCCCUUAUAAUACAAAUCUGUGCUUUUCUAUUCGGGGCAUUCAGGUUUGAGGCACACACACACCUCUAAGAUGUCUUUGUAUCUUUGAACUCCUGGUGUGUUGUUUUUGUUUGAUGUAAUAAAAGUGUUUGGAAUAUCUCUGAA